GGAUUUCUGUAUAAAUUGGUGAUGCGGCUGCAGUGGUUCGUCAGUGAAGCAUUUGAUUUGGUCUAAUAAACAGCAGCCGAGUGCAUCUCGAGGAUAUAGAAACACCUGGGAUUACUGUGAGAUACCGUGCCAAGUGCUAAGUGAGUGCUUCGUGAGAUAAUAGUGAGAAUCCGCAUUACCCAUACGCAACGUUAACCCGUGACCCAGAAGCCAUGAAAGCCUUCAUCCUAAUGUCCUGUCUGGCUUUGGCCGCCGCCCGCCCUGAGGCCGGAUACAACUACAACCGUCCAGGUGGCGGCGGUGGCUCCGGAGGUGGCUCCCAUGGCGGUGGCAUCGGCGGAGGCAUUGGUGGCGGCAUCGGCGGUGGUUUCGGCGGUGGAUUCGGUGGCGGAUCUAGCGGUGGAUUCGGAGGCGGUGGCAGCUUCAGCAGCGGCAGCAGUGGAAGCUUCAGCAGUGGCGGAGGAGGUGGCUUCUCCAGCGGCGGCGGUGGCGGCGGAGGCGGUGGCUUCGGAGGAGGCUUCGGCGGUGGCUCCAGCGGUGGAUUCGGAGGAGGAAGCAUCGGUGGCUUCGGAGGCGGCGGCGGUGGUGGUGGUGGGACCACCCUCGUCCAGAAGCACAUUUACGUCCAUGUGCCACCACCAGAGCAGGAGGAAGUGCGUCAGCGCCCUAACCUGCCAGUGGGCCAGGCUCAGAAGCACUACAAGAUCAUCUUCAUCAAGGCCCCAUCUCCACCCUCGUACCAGGCUCCAGUUAUUCCGCUGCAGCCCCAGAACGAGGAGAAGACCCUGGUCUAUGUGUUGGUGAAGAAGCCCGAGGAUCAGCAGGACAUUGUCAUCCCCACGCCCGCACCUACACAGCCCUCAAAGCCCGAGGUCUACUUCAUCAAGUACAAGACCCAGAAGGAGGCUGGUGGCAUCUCCGGUGGCUCCUCCGGCGGCGGCUUUACUCAGACCAACACUGGCGGUGGCUACACUACCGGCGGCGACAGCGGAUUCGGCGGUGGUGAUAGCGGUGCCAUCUCGGCCCCGUCCAGCAAUUACGGCCCCCCCGGCAAGUCCGGUCCCUACUAAGGCGCCUCAAACCCAUCGACAACUUCAAAACUGCUAACUUCGAACUCGGCUCAAGCUGUCCAAGACUAGUCCUGUCGUUGAAACGCCCCCGACUCUCUCACGAAGACCACAUCAUCCCAUUACCAUUGACUUCAUUUUCUUGAUC